AUGAACGGUACCAGCGUGCACGUGAAAAUUUUUAAGACCGACAAGUGCAUUUACGAGAAUAACAACAGCGUGGUGUUGAAUGCAAAUAAUUUGAGCAGCUUAAUUUCUUGUCUGAAAAACACACGACUCGAAGUCAACGAUUUUUUAACUAGCCUCGUGGAAGAGCAACGUUGUUCCGCUGAUGCAGGAGAACAUGUCUACCAUAUUGACUAAUGAAGUUCAACUGCGCUAUAUAAUAGAGUGGUUUCAAGAAUGGUCUGAGAUGCAAAGGAGUGAUUUUUUGGAUGUACUUCUUGAGCAAUGUGGGCCUGCUGGUCUUGUUAAUGGAUUGGUAUCUAGAAUGGAAAGUUUAGGACAUUCGAAUGAGUCUGAUAGGCCUCCAAGCCUAUUUCAAUGUCGUGUGAAACUUUUUCGGGAAUGGAGUCAUAAUUGGUCCCAACAAGAGAAAGAUUCUUUGCUUCUAUCAAUCAAAAACACAGAUGCUGCGUUUGCAGAAAAAUAUGACGAGAAGCUGUCGAUGUUGGUUGGUGAAGAGGAAAAGGCAUAA